AGAAAAUGGACUAUUGUUAAGGAAUUUUCUUGUAAUGGAUCUGGCACCAAAAUUUUGGGCCGAUGGCUGAACACCAAACCUGGAUGUGAAAUUUUAAAUGGGAUCCCAGACUUAAAAUGUCGCUGCGGCCCGUGUGCUGAUGUCUGGCCCAUAAAUAACACAGAUUGCGUGCACCGAACGCCGCCGGCGAAUACACUAAUCAAGCAAUCCCAAGAAUAGAUUUCCCCAAGUUGCAGUUCAUUGACACAGGCACGGCUCUUCCUGCUCCAGUAGCUUUUCCUAAUUCAAUAACUGAGCAGAUUGCUAGCUUCUUUAUAUAUAUGUUUUUUCCAAUUUUGGCUUUUGAGAAAGGACCCCAAAACAAUAAUGGGAUUCAGGUUCCAAAAUCUAAAUCCCAUGUACAGAUCCUACCUCUCAAGACUCUCUUCACCCAAAAAUCUCCAUCCCAACCCCGUCAUAGUCCAAUCCCUCAACCCCCAUUUCCAUAUCUACUCUCCCCCUCUCUUCUCUGAUAACCUCAAUUACUGCAUCCCCAGACGGUGGCAUUUUGGCCAUUCUCAUGAUCAUCACGAUCACCACCAUAAUAUAACCAAGGAAGGAGAGAGAAUAUUCCGGUUGGGUCUGGGAGCGGAUAUUGGGUUAGCUACUACUAAAGCUUUGACUGGUUAUUUAUCUGGAAGCACCGCCAUCAUCGCCGACGCCGCCCAUUCUAUUUCCGACGUGGUUCUAAGUGGGGUUGCAUUAUGGUCAUUCAAAGCUGCAAAGGCUCCCAAAGACGAAGAACACCCAUAUGGACAUGGUAAAUUCGAAACUCUAGGAGCCCUGGGAAUUUCUUGUUUGCUUUUGGCGACUGCUGGUGGUAUUGCUUGGCAUGCUUUAGAUCUCCUAAUUGGGUUGCUGUCCACUGUUCCUGAAGUAGUUAAUAAUCAUUCGUUGGCCCAUGGACAUAGCCAUCAUCACGGUGGAAAUCAUCAUGGAAUUGAUAUGGAUCACCCUAUACUAGCUUUGAAUAUGACCAUUGUGGCAAUAUGCGUUAAAGAAGGGCUUUACUGGAUAACAAAAAGAGCUGGGGAAAGGCAGGGCAGUGGACUGAUGAAAGCAAAUGCAUGGCAUCACCGUGCAGAUGCAAUUUCAUCUGUAGUUGCACUUAUUGGGGUUGGAGGCUCUAUUCUUGGAGUAAAGUUUUUAGAUCCUCUUGCUGGACUGGUUGUCUCAGGAAUGAUUCUAAAAGCUGGUCUGGAUACUGGAUACCAGAGUGUCCUUGAACUUGUUGACGCUGCAAUCCCUGCAGAACAGUUGGAGCCCAUAAAUCAAACAAUUCUACAAGUUGAAGGAGUCAAGGGAUGCCAUCGUUUGAGAGGAAGGAGAGCUGGUUCAAAUCUGUACCUUGAUGUACAUAUUGUGGUUGAUCCCUUUUCUAGUGUUAGUGCUGCACAUGGCAUUGGUGAAAAUGUUCGUCAUCAAAUUCAUAAAUCACACCCUGAAGUGACUGAAGUUUUCAUACACAUAGAUCCUGCAUAUGUAGAGUUCUCUCCUGAUGUAAUGGACCAGAAAGCAAGUUUGAAGAGAACCAUGGAACAGAAAAGUAAUAUUUCUGCCAGGGAGGAAGAUGUUGAAGCAAUUGUUUGUCGCACAUUUUCAUCUAAGUUUCCAGAGAAGUUUGUGAUUGAGCGCAUAACCCGUCACAUGUUGCAAGGAAAGCUAUUACUGGAAGUUGAGGUUGGCAUGCCACCCGAUAUCAUGAUUUGUGAUGCUAUGGAAGCGGCGAAGGAAGCAGAAAAGGAGAUAUUGAAUGCAGCUUCAAACAUUGUUCACGUCAAUGUUCAACUAAGAUUAGGGCGUCCAAUUCCGAAGUUCAAGCACAAAUAGUAAAGCUUCAACUAGAAGCAAGCCCAGAAUGCUCUGCCACAAUUUUGUAAUAAUUUAAUAAUAACAAAAACAUGUCGAUGGAUGGCAUGUAACCCUCAUUGUAUCAAUUAACGCAUAUGUUUAAGAAAUCUUAAGCAAGGUUUAUGGUUUAA